UCCCAUUAUGUCAAGGGAGGAUGGAGAACUGGAAGAAGGAGAGCUGGAGGACGAUGGAGGAGAGGAGGCCCAGGAGGCCUCUGAAUCUCACGAGAGGGGUCGGAAGGAGAAAGGGGAAAAGCACCAUAGUGAUUCAGAUGAUGAGAAGGCCCAUCGACGGAUGAAGCGCAAACGUAGAAAAGAGAGAGAGAAAGAGAAAAGGAGAGCCAAGAAGAAAAGGAAAUCCAAACACAAGCGUCAUGCUUCUUCCAGUGAAGACUUCUCUGAUUACAGUGAGGACUCAGACUUCAGCCCUAGUGAAAAGGGACACAGAAAAUAUAGGGAAUACAGCCCUCCCUACCCUUCUUCCCACCAGCAGUAUCCGUCCUCUCACAGUGCUCCCUUGCAAAAGAAGAGCUACUCUAAAAUGGAGAGCAAGAAUUAUGGCAUGUAUGAGGACUAUGAGAAUGAGGAGUAUGGUCAAUAUGAGGGGGAAGAGGAUGAAGACAUGGGGAAAGAAGAUUAUGAUGACUUUGCAAAAGAGCUAAACCAAUACCGGAGAGCAAAGGAGGGAUCUCACAGGGGGCGAGGUGGACGUGGCCGAGGGCGAGGGUACCGAGGGCGAGGUGGCAGAGGUGGAAUGAGAGGAGGUCGAGGCAUGGGCCGAGGGGGCCGUGGGAGAGGCAGAAACGACCAUCCAGAAGAAGAGGAGGAAAUGUAUGAUGAAGAGAUGGAAUACUGCGACAAUGAGGAGCCCAUGGGUGAUGAUGAGUAUGACGACUACUCAAAAGAGCUGAACCAGUACCGCAGGAGUAAGGAGAGUCGAGGGCGAGGUAUAAAUCGAGGGCGUGGUCGUGGUCCCAGAGGAAGAGGAAACAAAGGAAUGGGCAGAGGACGAGGAAGAGGUGGAAACAGAAGUGGAAUGGGGAAAGGUGGUGGAAUGAAUGAGGAUGACGAUUACUACGAGGAGGACAUGGGAGAUGGAGGAGGUGGCGGAAAUUACAGGCGGAAUGACCAUGAUAAACCUCACCAGCAGUCGGAUAAGAAAGGGAAAGUGAUCUGCAAAUACUUUGUGGAAGGCAGGUGUACCUGGGGUGAGCACUGCAAUUUCAGUCAUGACAUUGAACUACCAAAGAAACGGGAACUGUGCAAGUUCUACAUCACUGGCUACUGUGCCAGGGCUGAAAACUGCCCUUACAUGCAUGGUGACUUUCCUUGUAAGCUGUUCCACACCACUGGCAACUGUAUCAAUGGGGAUGACUGCAUGUUUUCCCAUGAGCCGCUCACAGAUGAAACACGGGAGCUUCUGGACAAGAUGCUGGCAGAUGAUGCAGAAGCAGGUGCAGAAGAUGAGAAAGAAGUUGAAGAGCUAAAGAAGCAGGGCAUUAAUCCACUCCCCAAACCCCCACCUGGGGUGGGCUUGCUGCCCACACCCCCUCGCCCUCCUGGACCACCAGCUCCAACUUCUCCAAAUGGCAGGCCUAUCCCUGGAGGCCCACCGCCUCCUCCGCCACCACCACUUCCACCACCAGGGCCGCAGAUGCCACCGCCAAUGCAUGAACCUCUCUCACCACAGCAACUGCAGCAGCAGCAGGACAUGUACAAGAAGAUCCCCUCUCUGUUUGAGAUCGUAGUACGACCUACUGGGCAGCUGGCAGAGAAGCUGGGUGUGAGGCAUCCAGGUCCACCUCCUCCCAGGUUCCCUGGGCCAGGAGGACCCCCAGGGCCCAUGCCUGGACCCAUGCACCCCGACAUGCACCCUGACAUGCACCCAGAUAUGCACCCCGACAUGCACCCAGAUAUGCAUCCUGACAUGCACCCAGACAUGCCAAUGGGCCCUGGGAUGAAUCCUGGGCCUCCAAUGGGUCCUGGGCCCCCAAUGAUGCCCUAUGGUCCAGAUGAUUCCCCGCACUCUGGAAUGAUGCCACCUGUCCCACCUGCACAAGGCUUUUACGAUAAUUUCUACCCACCGCAAGAAGGCCUGGAUAUGGACCAUGGCAUGAUGGGAGACCCAGCUGUACGAGAUGGGCUUUUAACGUACGAUGAUCUUUCCAUGGCAGAAGAUUAUGGUGGUUAUGAGGAUAUGGAAGGGCCUCCAGGAGAGCAUAUGUUCCCUGACCCAUCCUUGGAUCAUGAUGCCUUGUGUGAAGGAGGGCCGUCUGGGUUACGGAAACCACCAGGCAACAUCCCUGACUUCAUGCCAUCUGCACAAAGAGCGCUUUACUUGAGAAUCCAGCAGAAACAGCAGGAGGAAGAAGAGAGGGCUCGGAGACUAGCUGAGAGCAAUAAGCAGGAACGAGAAAAUGAGGAAGGUGACACCAGUAACUGGUAUUCCAGCGAUGAAGAUGACGGUGGAAGUAGUGUCACCUCCAUAUUGAAAACCCUAAGGCAGCAAAGCUCCAGCAGACCUCAUGCCCAACCCUCCCAUGGAGAAAUUGGGCCGUCCUCAGGUGUGAGUGACCCUCGCCUGCAGAAGGUCCAGGCAGGAGGGGGUGGUCGUCCUGCUGACCCUCGUCUGCGGGAUCCCAGGCUUUCACGAAAUGCAGAUGUUCCUGGCCCAUCCAUCCCUGGGGAUUCAGGACCCACUGACCCAAGGCUUGCACGACACAUUCCCUCCUCCACCCCAAAGCCAGAAGUUCCUCAUUCCAGUGCUGCUGGCGGUCAAAAGGCUGCCUUGGUGCCUGAUGAGGAGGAAGGGGAAAGGGCACUAAGGGACAAACCAGUCAAUAUCCCCUUAGAUGCACUGCCAGGCCAUGCUCUAAGGGAUCCCCGGUCCCAGUUGCAGCAGUUCAGCCACAUAAAGAAAGACGUAGUCCUAAACAAGCCGAACUUUGCCCGAAUGGUCCUGUGGAGCCCAGAGGAUCUGAUUCCACUGCCAAUCCCAAAGCAAGAAUUUGUUCCUGUCCCAGCUGCUCUCCAGUCCAUGCCCGCCCUUGAUCCACGUCUUAACAGGCCCCAAACGACUGGUCUUUCAGAUCCCAGGCAGAGGGGGGGAGCCACACAGGGGGAGUCUGGCUCUGGUUCUGGCAGCAGUCUCCCCGACUUUGAGCUGUUGUCAAGAAUAUUAAAAACUGUGAAUGCAGCUGGCAGCCCAUCUUCCAGCCCGAGUGAAAAGCCGAGCGACCCUCGGAUGCGGAAAGCACCGGCUGACCCCAGGUUACAGAAGUCUUCAGAAACAGGGGCCUCUAGAGCCCCAAAACCUGCCGAGUCGGCUCAGCCUGCGGCUGCCUCUGCUGGCAGUGGUGAGGCUGCUCCAGCCAUUGCUCCCUACGACCCCAGGCUGCUGACAGCUGGUGGGCUGAGCAAAGGCAGCAGCCAAAGCAGUGUGCUUAGUGCCAUCAGCUUGUACGACCCCCGGACUCCAAGCUCGGGCAGCAAGGCCGCAGAGUCUCCCAGCGAAGGCAGCACGUCCUCAAAAGGCUCAGACUCCAGCAAAAGUGCCAGCAAGGCCAAGGAACCUCUCUUUGUGCGGCGGUCUGCACUGGAUCAGCCCGAGUCUGAGAAGGCGAGCGCUGAAUCUGCCACAGACAGAUACAAUAGCUAUAACAGGCCUCGUCCCAAAGCCGCUGCCGCUUCCUCCUCUGCCCCUGCCCAGGAGACUGCCCCCCAGCCAGGGGUACACAACCUCCCUGUGCCCUCUGUCUAUGGCAUGGUUAAGCAGACUGCGAAGUCUGGGUCAGGCAGUCCCUUCGCAGGGAACAGCCCUGCUCAGGACACUGAGCAGCAAGAUGCCGGCUCUCUGAAAGAUGUCUUUAAGGGCUUUGACCCGACGGCCUCGCCAUUCUGCCAGUAGUAUUAAAGAACUGACCUUGCGUCCAUGCAUUGAAUAGCAGCGCACAGUGUUGGUAAUUUUUUUUUUUUUAAUUGCAUUAGCGCUCACUUUAGCCAUAUAACAUGUAUAUAAAUCUUUCUGGUUCUGGUCAGUGCUGUAACUAUAUAGAGAGUUUCCAAGAUGCAUUUUAAAAGAAAAAUCAAAGUCUCCCUGUGCAGUAAUAACCAGCAUUUUGUUUCAGACCCAAUAGUUUGUUUUAGAGCUUUCUUUUGAAAAGUGAUUGAAAUCAUCCUGGGAAAAUAAUGAAAUACCUGAAAUCUCCUUGGGAAGUUGUAGCUGUCCUGUCACACCAGCCACCUUGUCCUCUUUUUGUACAGUAGGUUGUGUUAAAACCUGACUUCUCCCCCUCCAGAAUUGCUAUACGAUAUACUCAGGAGAAGGGUAACGACAGACUGGAUGGCAGAGAAAUGUGGUUCGUAUUUGUUGCUUUAAAAGAUUAAAGCUGUGAGCCAUUCAGAUCAGUAGAAGAUGUGUUAAUUUCUAAAACAGAACGAACUAAAGUAUUUGUAUCAUAGUCUUUUUUAAAAUUCUACUGUGGUGAACAGAAUUACCAUGGAAAAAGAACCAUGUGAGAUUGCUUUUGUAAUUGUGGGGAGGGGGUGUUUUUGUUUUGCUUUUUUAUUUUGAGUAAAUAUUUUUAUGCCAUUUCCUGGAGGUUGUAUGGUUACAUGACAACUCAGCUGAGCCCAGAAUAGGGCUUAAAUUCCCAAGAGCUUCCACGGAUGGUCAUGGAAUAUUUACAUCCCAAAAAGUUAUGCAGUCUACCAAAAAAAAGUUUGUAUUAUUGAAAUUAAAUUAUUAAUCUCAAUCAGAUUUCACUUGUAUGUAUUUUGCAUAUGGAGGGCUUUUCCACAAACGCAGUUGGGCUUUCAGUGCAUUUCCCCGGAGAGAACGUUGCUCUUCCUGUCUUUGCCGAAGUUCAGUGGGCAAACAUUGCACGCAAGACAUUCGUGCGGGUCCUGCACAACCAGAUCAGAAAGGGAGAUUAACUCUGUUCUUGGAUAGAGAAUCAGUGUUAGGUUCUGAAUGUCCCUUGUGAUUCAUUCUCUGCAUAAGCAAACACUUGCACAUGGAAGAUAAACUGCGUUUGCAGUGUUUUCAGGAAAGAAACACCUAAAAGUGAAGUAGCACUAGCAGAUAGAUGGUUGAGAUUUUCAAAAUGGGAACUGGGUGUUAGAGAAUCCACAAUUGUAGAAAUGUUAUUUGAAAGAAGGAAGAUCUGGGGACAGGUUCUUUCUGUGGCAGCGGGGUCAUUGCCAAGUCAUCAUAGCAUUUGGGGUAAAAAGUUGUUAAAGCUUAAUAAAUCCCCUUUGGCAGGCAGGAGGGGGCCAUCCCCGGUGUUUUUCUGCAUAUCUUAAUGUGCUUUGCUGGAGUUUGGAGAAGCUGCGUCUUCUUACAGACCGAAACUGUGGUCUUCAGGGUUCCAGCUCCUUGAAAAGUGUGGGUGUGCAGAAGUACCAGAAAAGGCAAAACAUCCUCUUCUUUUGGAUGAUAAAAUAGCACUUCUCUCAUUCCCUUCCUAUCCUCAAAAAGUUAUCGAAGUCCAGAUCCAAGCUUUCUCCUGAUUUCUGCCUGUAACCACGUGUGAACACUUGGCACCCCGCUCAUAAGUAUUGGGCUGCUGAGCCUGUGGGAAACAUGUUCUCUAGUAUUUGAAUGUGAAGAUGUUUUACGCAGUCUUUAAGGCACAAACUACACCAGAGGGAGUUGAAAUACUUUGCACCCUCGUAGUUAUUAAUUAAAAAGAACAAGCCCUUGCAGUACACGCAGCCAGCAUGCGAUAUCGUCAGCUUCUGUGAAAUUAAUGGACUAAAAUCUAGGUUUGACAAAAACUGAGCUCCGUUUUUCCAAGCAUUUCCCAGUCCGCUGUGCGCCCAUCAGUUCCCUCGAGGUAAAGCCAAAGCCGGGUGGUACCGACGAGGCGACACGGGACGAGACCGGCGUUUCCC